AUGGGCGACAGGGUGGGCGACCUCAUCCAGGAGUUUCGGCCACUGAUCGACUUGUCGGCGGAGGUGCUCAAGAUUCAGGCAGAAGGAGGGCGCUCCGAUCGUGGACUGAGCUGGCACGGGAACCAGCCGCCACUCUACGAGACGGUCACGCUGCACCAGUGCAUGCACGGGCUCGUGGACAACUAUGGCGACCCCAUUCGCAAGCCGACGUGCAUGAUGGUGCCCAACGGCUCGUGCUUCUCUGGGUGGCUCGAGCGCAGGUGCGACGGGGGCCACCAGCACGCCGACAUGGUCGGGCGGAGCGCGGCACUGGCACAAGCGGGCGCCUGGCCGGACGGCCUGGGCAAGGCUCUGGUGGGCGCGGGCACGCGCGAGCUGGCGCGACGGACAAUCCCGAAGGAGAUGGGCAUCGGUAACGGCACGGCGAGGUCCCCGAGCAAGCAGAUCGUGAAUGCAGUGGCCAAGGCGUUCAAGCUAGGGAAAGACCUGAUCGACGUGCGCGUGUUGACGGGUGACGAGGAGGUUCCGCCCCCUCGCGGGGCAGUGCGGCGAAUCUGCGCGAUGUACUCCAGCGAGGGCGCACUGGCGGACUACAGCGACGCCUGCGCGGGCGACUGGGGCUUCGGGACGAUCACGCUGGUCAAGCGGUUCCCCGCCGACACGGUGAUCGCAGUCUACGUGGAGGAGCCGAAGGUGCAGACGUCCUUCCCUGCGACGGUGCACAUCUACGGGAGCAAGCCCAAUACCUUUGCUCCAGAUGAUCGUGAAGCUGACACGGCACAUCGAGACCUACAACACGAGGGUGAGAGUUUCGGGGACAAGCUUUCGGACGUCACCACGGCCCAGUGGGGCGCUCUCAGGAAGCUCCACCUCGACCUGAGCCACCCUUCUGCUCACCUGGACUGCGGCGUGUGCAAGGAGCUCGGCAGGCCGACUACGGUGAGAAGCUCCAGCCUGGAGUUCUCGACGGAAUUCAACGAGAACGUGUUCCUAGACGAAGCCGAGGUGAUUCUAGCAGACGGGACCCGACAGAUGGUCAUGGUGAUUCUUGACGACGCGUCGGGCUUCCGGGUAAUCAUCCCUACCACUGCAGUGAGGCGCCCCAGCUCAAGGGUAGUGGAACGUGCGAUCGACUUCUUCAUGGGCCAUUUCCAGCGCCUGAACCGCGACGUGCAGCUCACCAAGGACGACGAUCCGCAUGUGUGGACAUCGGUGAUAACGAGCACGUGCAACAACCACAUUCGGCGGAACGGCUUCACCCCUUACCAAUGCGUGCUGGGCCGGUCGCCUGGCAUCCUUGCCUCGUUGAUCGAAGCGAUGGAGGGCGACCAGAGGCAGCUGGCAUCACAGAGCGCGGCUCUCUUCGAGGAGGGCCCGAGGAGCGCAGAGCAGAUACGUGCGGCGGCGAACCAGGCGUUCUUCGAGCUGGACAGCGACGACGCCAUCAGGAGGGCCAUGGUUGGCCGAGUGCGCCCACCGCGUGGGCCAUUCGUGCCAGGCCAGCUGGUGUUCUAUUGGCGCGAGGUGAAGCACGUGAAGUCGAGGAGGCUCCAGGGCGAUCACGGUUGGCGUGGGCCAGCGAUCGUGUUGGCGACCGAAGGCCACGCGAGGCUACACCUCAGCUACCGCGGGGUGCCGGUGCUCGUGACGCCGGAGCAGGUGCGACACGCCUCCCGGAGUGAGGCGGAGAUGGUGGAGAACGAGGACAUGGUCAGGCAGCUCUCUCACUGGCGUGGUGGACCUACUCUCCAGAAGGGGUUCAUCGAUGAGCGUGGACCUGGGCCAGAUGGGAGCGACAAGACGGGCGUGCGCCGCGAGAGGGGCGAAAAGGACUCGGACCACGAGGACGGGGUGAUCCACGCGAGGAGAGCGUACCUGCACCUGGAGACCUACCUGAAGUACCACCACUACCGGGAGGAGGACCGCUUCCUCCAUAACAAACUACAGACCCACCUGCUGUGGCAGCUGGGCAGGGGCACUCCGUGGACCUGGACGCGGUGGCUGCGCCAGGUAUUCCGCAUCAACAGCAACCAGAGCGAGCUGAGCAACCAGAACCUGCGCCACGACUCAGCUACAAGCGAACGCUUCCCCCGGACCGAGACGACGAACAAGCAGGUCACUCCCAAGAAGGGUCGGGAGAUCCGCAGCACCCCCCAGGAGUGGAAGGCGGCUUUCGACGCGAGCGACCUGGAGGAGUGGCGCAAGUGGGUCGAGUACGAUGCAGUGGACUGGCCCACCGAGGAGGAGCUCGCGGGGGUGGACAAGACGGCGAUCCUGCCCAUGAGGCGCGUUCGCACGGACAAGAACGAGGCGAAGUCCCGGAACGUCGUUCCAGGAUACAAGGACAAGCAGCUGCUUGCUGGCGAGUUGCAGACCAAAGCCCCCGCUCUGACGGGCACGGCCACGGCGGUGAUCCUGCAGGGGGCCGCUAGCCAGUCGGGCUGGAGGCUGGAACAGGGCGACGUCGACUCGGCAUUUCUGAACGGGAAGUACCUCGACAGCUCUCGACGAGUAUACUUCCGCGCGCCGAAAGGCGGCCUGCCAGCUGUGCCGGAGAUGGGCUGGCCAGCCGUUCCAGAAGGUACGGUGCUGAGAGCGAAGAAGGGGAUCUACGGGCUGAAUGAUGCACCUCUGUUGUGGUACGAGGAGCAUCGCUACGCCAUGCUGUCUCUUCCAGGAGGGUCGAGAUCGAAGCUGUGCCCGGCUCUCUUCAUCUUCCACGACAAGAAUGAGAAGCUGAUCGGCCUGAUCGGGACGCGCGUGGACGACGAUUUGGUAGCGGGCUCGCCCGAGUUCUUCGCUAACCAGGUGACCAAGUUGAGGAAGAUGCACUGCUGCGGCAAGUGGCAGACGGCGAAGACCGGCUUCCACCACUGCGGGAGAUUCCUCAAACAGAGAGAUGAUGGCACCAUCACCUGCAGCCAGAGGGAGUACACCGAGAGCAUCGAGAAGAUUCCGAUCUCCAACGAGCGUCGCAAGGACAAGGAAGCGAGGGCUACGCCCGAGGAGAGGGCGAUGCUCCACAGCGGCAACGGUCAGAUUCAGUGGCUGGUGCGAUCUACCCGUGUGGACUUGGCAUUCCGACUGGUUCAGAGUCAAGCGCGGGCUCGCGACAGCGACCUGAGGGUUCAGGAUCUGCUGGACUUCAACAAGCCGGUGAGCGAUGCCAAGACGGACCACGUGGACAUCACUUUCCAGAAAAUCAACAUAGACGACGCGAUCGUGGUGGCGGUUGGAGACUCGAGCCGCGGCAACGUGGGCAAGACGAAGACCGCGACUCAGGCGGGCCUUGUCAUCCUGCUCGCAGACAACGAGGACGAUCAGUUCCUUCGCGGGCGGCCGGCCAAGGUCACUCCCAUGUUGUGGCGGUCGCACCGUGUCAAGCGGGUGGUGCGCAGUACCCUGGCGGCCGAGACGAUGGCGGCGCUAGAGGCGGUCGAGAGUGGCGACUUGCUGAGGCAGCACCUGGUGGAGUUGCACUAUGGACUCGGCUACCGGACCCACAUGGACGACGUGAAGGCGAUCAAAAUGGUGGAAGUCACGGAGUGUAAAUCGCUCUACGACCUGCUCCAGAAGCGAGGGGCGGUGCCCUCCGAGAAGCGACUGCUGAUCGAUGUCGAGUCGCUCAGGAACGAUCUGGAGUUUAACAGCGUGGUGAGCAAGUGGGUGAGCACGAAGCAGAUGCUCGCCGACUGCGUGACCAAGCACGACGAUCUCAUGGCGGACCAGGUCAUCGCCAAGCAGAGGAUGGAGCUCAAGGGACGCAGGGGUGAAUACUACCGCUCGAAGUAUCCCAAGAGGCAGCGACCUGCCGACCAGCUCUUUGUUCACGAGGGCUACGCCUACUUCGAGGAGCGCAUUGCGGAUGUGAGGUACAAUGCGCGUGUGGCUCAGCCUGCUCCGAAGCCUUACCUCCGUUGGCGGAUGAUGCUUGGACAGCGCGAGGGCGACAUCUAUUACGAGAAGCUCGAGGACAUGGUUGACUGGUCUGGAUCAGACCAGGUGACAAAGCGUCGGAGGAUCCCGGCCCAGGUCCGGAAACUGCUGACGAUCUACGCGCCGACCAAGGCGGCCCUCGAGCGCUACGAGAAGGACUUCACGGAGAAGCACACCAUCAAGAAGCCGAAGGUGACGACCGAUGAGGACCCCAAGGGGGAACCAGGUGUCACUGAGGAGCUUGGUGCGCAUUUCGAGUCGGACGAGAACGUGAAGGAGGAUAGCACCGACGUUGCGGAGAUCUGCGUGAUGGACGCUGCGGGUGCCGAGUCUGAGGAGAUCAAGUCAGGCGCCGCUGCAGCGGCAACG